CUUGCCAAUAAUAGCAUCGGAGGCACGGGCGUCGCUCCUGACACCUAGUGGCUGUGAGUUUGCCCACAGUAAAGAUGGCGGCGUCCAUGUGGAGGGUCGGUAGCUCUGCAGGCCGAGCAAUCGCUAAAGCUCGCAGUCCUGUCCUCCUGCCUUGGAAACGGGGACAGGGUAGCAUUUCCUACGCCCAGAGUCUCCAGGCUCACCCAGAGACGCUCCUCAGCACCCUGGACAAUGGCCUGCGUGUCGCCUCCGAGGAGACAGGGCACAGCACCUGCACGGUAGGGCUGUGGGUGAACUGCGGCAGUCGCUAUGAAACGACGAAGAACAACGGAGCCGCUUUCUUCCUGGAGCACUUGGCCUUUAAGGGGACCAAGAAGUACCCACAGGGGGCACUGGAGCAGGAGGUGGAGUCUAUGGGCGCACACCUCAGUGCCUACACCUCCCGUGAGCACACCGCCUACUACAUGAAGAGCCUCGCCAAGGACCUUCCUAAAGCCGUGGAGCUGCUUGCGGAGGUGGUGCAGGGUAGCCUGCUGAGCGAGGCCGAGAUCGAGCGCCAGCGGGGGGUAGUGCUGCAGGAGCUGGAGGAAAUGGAGGGCAGUCUGCAGGACGUCUGCAUGGAUCUCCUGCACGCCACCUCCUUCCAGGGCACUCCUCUGGGACAGAGCACCCUGGGCCCCUCCCACAAUGCCAGGACCCUCACUCGCCAGGACUUGCUGGAGUUCAUCAGCAGCCACUUCAAAGCCCCUCGCAUGGUGCUGGCUGCUGCCGGAGGCGUGAAUCACCGGGAGCUGGUGGACCUGGCUCGCCAGCACUUGGGGGGCGUGUCCUUCCAGUACGAGGGAGACGCUGUGCCUGUGCUGUCACGCUGCCGCUUUACUGGGAGUGAGGUGAGACUGGCUGCACACAUGCUGGCCCAGAUAGCAAAUCCAACUGUAGCAACCACUAGCUCACCCCUGUUAAUUGGAAGAACUAGUCCCAUCGAGCAGCUCCCUGACUACAACCGCGUCCGCAGCAGCAUGUACUGGCUGAGAAUCUGAGUUUGCCGCCGCCUGCCUCGACGUGCCCCGCCGCCCUUCUAUUGUCUUGCUCCCCCUCUCACCUCUCCACCUUCUGCCUCACAGAAGAAUGCCAUCCAUCCAUCCAUCCAUCCUUCCUCGACUGUCAGCCGUUUUCUUCUCUCUCCCAUACUCAGCCCUGACAUUAUGAAGUUUUAUUCACCUUCAGCUGUUUAUUUUCUUAUUUCUGAGACUGUAAAUUUGGUAGGAAACGCUUUAUGGGGUUUGACAGUACUCUCUGAUGUCAGCGUGCUUCAGGAUGGCUGGCUGGCAUUCUGUGCUGUAUGGGGAGAGUGACAGAGGAGAGCUUUGCAAUCAUGAACAUGAGCUUGUACUCACCCCCUAGGGUCUUGCUGGACAUCAGAUGUAGCAGAGGGGAGUGGAGGGGGCGUAUUUAUUUGUCAAUGUGACCUGCAGUUUUCCUUUUUGUCUUCUACUUGAUAAUAUUGUAGAAGAUCUCAUUCCAUGAGGUUGAAUAAAAGAUUAUAAAGUGCUA